ACAACCAGGUCACAAGUUAGGAUUUUUGUUAUUAUCUUGUUGCCCUUAGACUGAAAUAAUGGAAAUUUCUAAAAGUUUCAUCGACAAGAUCAACGAUGAAUUUACUACUGGCUUACAUUUCGCAUCUCCCUUACCCUCUUCGCGUACAAACGAAUUUGAUUUGGUGCGAGGUGUGUUGCAGACACUUCAAGGCUUUUCAAGCUCUUUGUUUUAUUGGGACCAGAUCGGAAAGGGUUAUCGUGCGAGAAUGGGGUUAUAUGUAACUCACCUCUCUCAGACCAGUCUUCGUAUGGUUUUAGAUCAAUUUAUGUACUCAGCAACAUGCUUAAAAUUGGUUGAGAUAACGCUAGGUAAGAUAGAGGAGGCGUCUGUGAGAUCGGCUCCACCUACCUUGAGAGCAUUUGCUUGCUCGGCUUCUGCUUGGCUUAGAAAGUUACGCAAUAUUGCUUUGACAGAGGAAGUAAAGAUGAACAACUCUGCCACUGGUACUGUUCCAACCAUUUUGGGAUUGACAAGUUCUUUAACAAGCCUUUGUGCUGGAGCUGAAUACUUAUUGCAGAUAGUAUAUGGUGCCAUUCCCAAAGAGUACCUUGAAGGCAAGACUCCUGUCUCAUCUGCUGAAAUGGCCGUGCACAUUCUCAACUAUCUUUAUGAGAAGCUUAAUGAUGCUUGCCUUGUGCAAGGUGGCGAGGAAGAUUCGUACAGGAUGCUUCUUUAUGUUUUUGUUGGAUGUUUAUUGCCAUAUAUUGAGGUUCUUGAUUCCUGGAUAUUUGAGGGUAUACUGGAUGAUCCAUUUGAAGAGAUGUUCUUUUUUGCCAACAAAGCGAUCGCGAUUGACGAGGCUGAGUUCUGGGAGAAGAGUUACCUCUUAAGAGCAGUGCAGUAUAAGAAACUGGGUGUGGCUCAUAUCACUAAUCAAUUUCCCUUAACACAGAAAAAGAUGCCAGGAAGAGGAGCGACAGCUGCAUCAAAAACAAAGGGGCAAAAUGAAAGGGAUCUUGUGGUUUGUCCUUUGUUCUUCAAGGACAUUGCAAAAGAAAUAAUUUCGGCUGGAAAGUCGUUGCAGUUGAUUCAACAUGUUCCUAUCACAUCGUUAGCGCUACUUGGUAAACAUUAUGAGAAUGAACAGUGCAUGACUCAGCUAAGCUUGUCGGAGAUAUUUUGCUUGUCAUUAACUGCUCUUAUCGGUCAUGGUGAUCACAUGUCUGAAUACUUUUGGCAAAAUGGUGAUUUUGUCUCUGCAAUUGAAUCUUAUGCGGGAACAGAGAAAUUAGAAGGUAAUAAUAAGAGCAUUCAAGGGGUAUCAUGCUUGGAGAAGAUUUGGUAUAAGUUUUUGGUUGAUGCACUGCCGGCAAAAAGAGAGAGCGAGGAUGUCAAUCAUUUAGUUGAUAUGAACGAAGAGAGUGUAGAAUUAGGUGUUUCAUUUGAGCCCCUUGUUAGCUCCUUCUGUCCUGAAAAUCCCACUAUCACUGUGUGCCAAAAGGUUCUUCAAGCAAAUGGAGGUGACUGGAAUUCAUUAAACUUAUCCAAAAACUAUAUUCUUCCUCCCCUGAAUGACGAGGAAUUGAGAAAAGCUAUAUUUGGUGGAAAAAGUAAAGAACUAAUGACAGAUAAAGGAACAAAUUAUGCCUGUGGUUUUCCAUUUGGCAGUUCUGAAAAGGUUCGCGCUCAACAUGACAUAAAGGAGGUGGAAGCAUUAUUUCUAUUUCCCACUAUUCUUCCAUCCUUUAAGGAGGACCUUAUUAUGUCGGAGCUUUUACCAUUUCAGAAAAAUAGCACUCUUCUAUCCAAAGUCCUUGGCUGGAUUCAAACCGUUGAACCCAAAUCUACUCCACUUCCUGUUGUUAUUCUGCGGGAAUGCCUUACUUUUUACAUCAAGAAGCAGGUAGAUCAUAUUGGCAACCAGAUAUUGUCAAAGUUGCUAUGUGACUGGAAAUUGAUGGACGAGUUAGGAGUGUUGAGGGAUGUAUAUUUAUUAGGCUCUGGUGAUCUACUGCAGCAUUUCUUGACAGUAGUUUUCAAUAAGCUGGACAAAGGAGAAUCUUGGGACGACGAUUUUGAGCUGAACACGGUGUUACAGGAAUCAAUUAGAAAUUCUGCUGAUGGCACAGUACUAAGCUCACCGGAUUCCUUAGUUGUUUCUUUAACAAAAACUGAUGGUACAAGUAGCAGUGGUCAACAGACUACAUCAUUUCUGGUCUCGAGUCCCCGUAAAAGUCGUGCACAGGUUUCUGGAAUCAAUGACCUUGACUCACUUAAAUUCACAUACAAGGUCUCUUGGCCUCUCGAACUUAUUGCUAAUGCUGAAGCUUUAAAGAAGUACAACCAGGUGAUGAAUUUCUUAUUGAGGGUCAAGCGUGCGAAAUUUGUUCUUGAUAAAGCUCGAAGAUGGAUGUGGAAGGAACGGGGCACAACAACAGUUAACCGCAAGCAUAGAUGGUUAGUGGAGCAAAAACUUCUUCAUUUUGUUGACGCAUUUCAUCAAUAUGUUAUGGACAGAGUAUACCACAGCGCAUGGCGUGAAUUAUGUGAAGGUAUGGCAGCUGCUGGAUCUCUUGACGAAGUCAUUGAGGUGCACGAGGCAUACUUACUGUCAAUUCAGCGCCAAUGUUUUGUAGUCCCAGACAAGCUGUGGGCAUUGAUUGCCAGCCGGAUCAACAGUAUACUUGGACUAGCACUGGACUUCUAUUCUGUCCAGCAGACGUUAAGUAGUGGUGGAGCAGUUUCUGCAAUCAAAGCUAGAUGUGAGAAGGAAGUAGAUCGGAUUGAGAAACAAUUUGAUGAUUGCAUAGCCUUCCUCCUCAGGGUACUAUCUUUUAAGCUUAAUGUGGGCCAAUUUCCACAUUUGGCAGAUCUAGUUACCAGAAUUAAUUACAACAACUUUUACAUGUCUGAUACUGGAAACGUGAUUACUGCUCCUGGCUCUGACUCGAUCAACUUUAAGUUGGCUAAGACCAUUUCAGUUUGAAGCGUAAAUAGAAGACAGAGGGUCACUACUGUAUACACCUGAAUUCCAACUCUUACACAGAAUUGUCAUCAAGCCCUCAAGAUCUGAAGGUGUCACUUGGGUAUGUUUUGAUAUUUGAAUGUAUUCAUGAAAAAUAUGGCAAUGGCAGUAAGCUAAUGCUUUUGUAUCAUUGAUUUUUAACAUGUGAUGAAAUGGUAUU